CGCCUUCACGCGGCCUCCAUUUUGCGGCUGGUUAGCUAACCGUGUGUUUCCAUUCGAGGAGUAGCAUCAGUUAAAAAAAAAAGAAAAGGGGGUAAAUUUGAGUUAUUUCAAGCUGAGGCGAAAUAUUUACGACUAAAACGAUGGCUGACCCAUCAGCAGACAUAGAGAUCCUGGAGGGGGCAGAGGUCCGCAAAUUGUCCGAGCUGAGGGUUAUUGAUCUGAAGGCCGAGCUGAAGAAACGAAACCUGGACACCACAGGCGUCAAGAGCGUGCUAUCGGAGCGUCUGAAAAAGGCGAUCGAGGAAGAGGGGGGAAAUCCUGAUGAGAUUAAACUCAUUCCCGAAAUAGCCCCAAAGAAGUCUGCUCCCAAACGGACUGUCAAAGAUUCAAAACAAGAGACUGAUGAACCAGAGGACAGCACUAUGGAGGAAGAUUCCCAUGAUGGCCAUGAGGAGCAUCUAGAUGAUCAUGAGAACAUGCAGGAAAUGGACAUCCUGGACAUGAACGUCCUCGAUGAGACGGAGAAUGACAAUGGAAUACCAGCUGAGGACAAUGAGUUUGAGACUGAGAAUUUAGACGAAGAUGCGUUGUUGAAUGAAGAACAGGACAACAGGGCCUUUGAGUCAGAAGACGAAGCCAGAGGUCCAGAGAUGGAUGAGCCAGAGGUGAUAGAAAAAGAUGAACAUAUGACAUGCUCGCCAAUUAAUACGCCCCGGGAUCAAGAUGCCGACGACGUCAAAGAAGAAACAGAAAAUGACAAAGUAGCCGGGUCUUGUUUAUCUGAGCCGCUUAAAGAAGAUCAGCCCCAGAGCCACGAGACGAGCCAUGAAGAAGAGCAAGCUGCCAUCGCCACAACGGAAGAAAAUGUGUCCGACACCGGCGCCAAUUCCGAGGAGGCCGCAUCUGCAGACGUGGAGAGUGAAAGGGAUGUUGUGGACCCUGACGCCAAAGAGGUUGGGGACACAGACAACGUCCCAGAAGAGACAUUAGACACUGAAAACAAAAGCUCUCAGGCUGUUAGUGUAAGCGAACAGGGGGCUGUGGGUGAAACUGUUGAUUCAGAAAUGGGGUCUAAGGGUGAGGAGGAUGAGAAGACAGAAGAGAAAGCUGCUGCGGAUUCAGCCUCGACUGUGAAAGAGUCCUCUUCUGUAGAGGGCGAUGAUCAGAAAAAGAGCUCUGAGGAAAACGAUGGCAAGACUGAGUCAAAAGAUGAAAAGACUGCUGGAGGUGGUGCUGCAGCAGGCAGUAGCAGGAAUCUGUGGGUCAGUGGUCUCUCCUCCACGACCAGGGCGACUGAUCUGAAGACACUGUUCAGCAAAUAUGGCAAGGUUGUUGGAGCCAAGGUGGUUACCAACGCCAAGAGCCCCGGGGCUCGCUGCUACGGGUUUGUCACCAUGUCGACCACAGAGGAGGCCACCAAGUGCAUCAGCCACCUUCACAGGACGGAGCUGCACGGCAAGAUGAUCUCGGUGGAGCGGGCUAAAAAUGAGCCUGUGGGGAAGAAGCCUGCCGAGAAGAGCGAAGCCAAGAAGCCCGGCAGUGACCGGAGACACUCCACUGACUCCAAAGCCGAUGGAAAGGAUGAGAAGUCUGAGGGAGAAGGAAAAGAUGGAAAAGGGCGAAAUGAGAGGACCGUAGUCAUGGACAAGUCCAAAGGAGAGCCUGUCAUCAGCGUCAAAACCAAAAGCAAGGAACGGAGCACAAAGAGUCGGGAUCGCAAGUCUCCCAGUAAGGAGAAGAAAGACAUUCUGUCAUUUGACCAAAUCAAAGAGCAGAGAGAGCGAGAGAGGCAGAGACAACGAGAGAGGGAGAUCAGAGAAGUGGAGAGACGCAGAGUAACGGACCGCGAUCGUGACAAUCGUCCUGGCGAUCGUGACAAUCGUCCUGACCGUCGUGAGCGUGAGCGUAUCCGUCUGUUUCGAGAGAGAGAGGAGAGGAACCACCUGAUCCGGAAGAGAAACUGGCUGGAGGCUGAAAAGGAGCGCCUCGAUGCAGACCGGUUGGAGCGUCAGAUCUUGGAGCGGGAGAGACUGCGUAUUGAGUAUGAGCGACGACGCGAGCAGGAGAGAAUCCUCCGGGAGCGCGAGGAGCUGCGACGACAGCAGGAGCAGCUGCGCUACGAGCAGGAGCGACGGCCUGUUAAGAGGCCUUAUGACAUGGAUGGCAGGAAAGACGACUGGCCCGAGAAGCGCAUGACCAUGGAUGACCGUUACGGCCGCUCAGACUUAGGUCGACAGGAUCGUUAUCAGGACUUUGAUCACAGGGACAGGGGCCGUUACCAAGACAACGUGGUGGCUGACAGGCGGGACAACGCUCGAGGUAUUGGUGCAGACAGAGAUGGCCAGCACUUUGACAGGUCAGACAGACACAGCAGAGAUGGUGGCAGAGACUCCUGGAGUGGAGGAUAUGACAAGCGCAUGAAUGCCAGGGAAGGAAGUCGAGACUGGGACUCCAGCCGUAAGGUGGAUGGAGACAGAUCAUGGCAAAGUAGAGACGGUGCCAUCCCAGGCCAAAGUCACAUCGCACGAGGAGGAAUGACAGGCCGUGGAGGCUACAUGAACACAGGAACAUCACAGUCCCUCUCUGGAGCUCUGAACAGACAGAACCAGCUGAUGCAAGGCAGCGGCCUGCAGGGUGGAGCUUUUGGUCGACGCUACUGAUGUGUGUCUAAAAAAAACUAAAGUGGGACCCUUUCAGGAGGUCAUGUCAUGAAGGAUGUGACCAUCUUGGUCUUGUACAUGUUUUUAAAUUGGAUCUAGGUUUUGUUUUUUGACACAAUUUGAAUCUUUUUGGUUGCUUCCAUUUUUCUCUCUGUAUGUGUGGCAGUGAUCCCCUCCCUCGUAUUCUCAUUCAGUCAAAUCUGAAUUGUUUGUAUAACACAACCAUCUGCAAACAAUGUUAUGUAUGUCACACCAGUGUUUCUAUGGUGGAGAGUCAUUUCAAGCUCUGUGUUGUAAAUUCUGAUGUUUUUUUAUAAACACCUGGAUGAUGGACCUAACCUCACCAGUCUUCUCUCUGUUAGUUUGAGUCUGACAAGUUUCUCCAUUUUUGUAAAUGACUCUGUGUAACAGUUAAUUUGUUCAGAGCUUAAAGAUUUUUGGGACGAUUUCUUCUUACACAGACAGUUGGUGAAGUUGUUGCUGCUGAAGAAAAGGUUUUUUAAACUAAGUGUCACAUUCUCAUUUACCUUUUUUUUUUUUGUAAGUUUCAAACUUUGAAUUUUGUAAAUAGUAAUUGAUUUGUGUGAUAUUGAAUUAUGGUAAUAAAUUCCCCUGAAGCCUG